CGAACCGCAGCACGAGAUCUCCGAAGCGUCGAAGGAGAUCAAGGUGGCCCAGCAGCAACUGCGUGGGGCCUCAAACAACAGCGCCUUCGAGGCGACCCUGAAGGUGAUGCUCAAGGCGGCGCGGAAGAAGCGCAGCAGCGCGAGGUGAAGAGCACGGGAAACUUUCUUCGAGGUUCUAUGUACGGCCGCUCGAGAAGAAGAGCCGCGAAGGAGAUCAGGCGGGUUUCUACAGGCACCUGAAAAUGAUCGACGUCGAAGGUAAAAGGGCGUUCAUCUCUCAAAACAGCAAGGACGAGGACGGCAAGGUCCUUCGGGACCCCACGUUUACUCGCCAACNGCGCGAGGCGGGUUUCUACAGGCACCUGAAAAUGAUCGACGUCGAAGGUAAAAGGGCGUUCAUCUCUCAAAACAGCAAGGACGAGGACGGCAAGGUCCUUCGGGACCCCACGUUUACUCGCCAACGGUGGACACGGUGGUUCCUCAAGCUUCUCAACACCAAGUGGCCCACCAUCGACCUGCAUGCGGCUGACAUGGUCAAGCGGUGGCCAACUUGCGUGCCACUCGACGACAUCACCUCUCUACUCGAUGUUGAGGAAGCGGUACGGGAAAUGGCCAACGGAAAGGCCGUCGGGCCGGACGACCUACCGGCUGAGCUGAUCAAGCUCUUCCUGAACAGAAAUCAAGGUGUCCUCCGCGAGUUGCAAGCCAUCGUCGAUGCCACUAUCGAAGUGCUGUUCAAGAAGGGGGACACGAUGGAGUGCAGCCAGUACCGGGGCAUCUCUCUCGUCGAACACGCCGGCAAGGUCCUGCUUAAGGUUGUCGCUACACAACUGAGCCACUACUGCGAGCGAGGGCAUCCUCCCGGAGGAGCAGAGUGGUUCCGUCCACAGCGGUCGACGCUCGACAUGCUGUUCGCCAUCCAGCGGCCCAAUGAGCUCGCGAGGUUGAGGAAUACUGCGGUGAUCGCGUGCUUCGUCGACCUCACCAAGGCGUACGAUUCGGUGGGCCGAGACCUACUGUGGGACAUGCUCAGACGCCUAGGCGUGCCCCUAUCGGUUUGUGUGCCUCGGACGUACAAUCUCCGCGUAUGGGAAGGCCGACCGGGAGGUCACGAGCCGCAGGUGCCGAGCGUGGAAGUGCUACCGCCGGAACAGCGCUUCGAUGUACGACAGGCGCCGGGCCGACCGCCAGCUCAAGACCCGGCUACUUCAGGCUGGCGAAGUGGUGGAGACUCCCCUGUAUGGGUGCGCCUCGUGGAGCCUAUCUGCGGAGCACUACACGAAGCUCAAUGGGACCCACCGUCAAUUUCUUACACGGUGCAUCGGCUGGAGCAAACAGAAACGCUCAGACCGCCCCCUGUCCUAUGCCUAGGCCCUCAUCCAGGCAGGCUGCGAGGAAACCAUCGAGACCACCGUGCGCAAACGGAGGUGGUGUUUCGCGGGCUUUGUCAUGCACAUGGACGACAACCGCCUCCCCAUGCGCAUGCUGUCAGGAGCGAUGGCGGGGGCGGGGGAUACCGGCGCGGGCAGGAGAGCGACUGGGUGCCGCGUCUAGGAGAGGACCUCGUGGCCUUCAAAAUGGGAGACGAAAAGGAAGGGGGUAAAUGGAAAGAGAGCACGAAGGACCCGGAGGUGUGGUACAACAAGGUCGAGGACGGGGCGGCAUGGCUCAUGAGGAAAUGGCACAGGCAGGAGGCGGAAGCGUCCGCGACCGAAGAGAAAGAGAGUCGGGGCAGCGGCGGCGGGGGGGAAGAAAUGGCGAUCCGGUACUGCUAUAAAAGCGAGUAG